CACCCUCGCAACUCCCUCUCCACGCGGGACGGCUAUAAAAUUUAACAGAGCAUUUCUUUUCAAGUCGCUCGAUCUCUGCCCUCUGCGAAGUUCUAAUUAACGCUGUUUAUUUGUGUUGUGAAGACUUGGUUCAUUUUAUCGUCACGAUGAGGAUCGCUUGCGUUUUGAUGGGACUCGCGGUCCUGGUUGCCCUUGUCGAAUCUUCACCUCUCAAACGUCGAUCGUUGUCACAAGAGGCCCAGUUUCGUAAUGCAAUCGAACAAACCUGCGCUCAGGGCCUCAACCUUUCGGCCGAAGAAACUGCCACGAUGGAAAGAGUUCAGGAACUGCAGAAGAGCGGCCAGAUUCGUAUCGACAGCCAAGAUGACGUUGACCGAAUUAUCGAUCAGGAAGCUCCCAGCCGAGCCGUCGCCAACUCCCUCAAGCCGAAAUUUGCAGCCUUGGUUGAGUGCAUAGUAAAUGAAUUCAAGAAGAUGCUUGGACUCCGCCGCCGUCGUUAACGAUCACCACCAUCCUGCUACGAGUCGACGACGGCCUUAUCACUUCGCAGUUUCACUAGAAAUAAACUUUCUGAUUUGGCGUA